UUCCCCUGUUUCUGCUUGGGGCCAUACGAGGCGGCGGCGUUUGGGGGGUUUGGUGGGGGUUUGGGGUUCCCUUCGGCUUUCGCGAUUUCCAACUCCUUUCCCUUUGAUCUCGGGUCCAGAUUGAUUUCCAUCCAUCCAGCUUUAAUCCAAUCAACCCAAAUCGCGAUCUUCCGCAGCCCCCGGGCCGGAAAGUCGCGAUUUUGCUCUUCCCGAUCGAUGGCCUCCUGCAUCCCCACCGGCGGCGGCCUGCGCCUGCCGGACCUCGACAUGGUCAAGGCGGCGGCGGCGGCGGCCGGGGGAGCGGCGGCCCCGGGCCCGCCGCUGCGCCCGGCCUCGCACUCCUCGGCCUCCUCCACGCUCUCCGAGGCCUCCCACUCCAACUCCUCCACCUCCUCGCUCUCCCUCAAGCGGGCGCGCACGCCCAGGAAGCGCCCCAACCAGACCUACAACGAGGCGGCGGCGCUGCUCGCAUCCAUGUACCCCUCCGUCUUCCCCGCCUCCCCCGGCGGCCACUCGCCGCGCCUCCUCGGCCUCGCGUCCGCGCUCGCCGACGACGCCGCCUGCGCCGACCUCCUCCCGCCGUUCCCGGUCCUCGGGAACGCCGCCUGCCUCCUCCGUGACGCCCCGCCGCCGCCCACCCCACGGAGCCCCGUCCUCUCCAAGACCUGCCUCUCCCCGGCGGCCGUCAACAGCGCCUUCUUCACGGAGUUCCGCGACUCAGCUCCCUCCCCAGCCACCCCCGACGGCGCUGCCGCGGACGAGCCGGGGGAGCUCGACUUCGACUCCGACGACGGAUUCGACGCCGACUCGUUCCUCCUCGGCGGCCCCGAGGAGGGCGCCGCCGCCGAGGGCAUCGACGGCAUCAUGGGCAAGCUCACCAUGGAAACCAUCUCAUUCUCGGCCUCCGGCGCCAACAGCGCCCUGUCCAGCUCCGCCGUGGACCCCUUCAUCCGAAGCCUGAUGGUGCUGGGGCUCGGCUUCCAGCGCGCCCGGCCCGACAUCAAGCAGGCGCUCAAGCGGCACGACGACGACAGCGAGUGGUGGAUGUGCCCCGCCAUACCGCUCAAGGACAUCACCCCGGCGCCUCCGGCACCGCCGCCGGUGGCGGAGAAGAAGAAGAAGAAAACCAAGAAGAAGGCGCUCAAGGACAUUGCGGUUGGGCCAUGCAGGAAAUGUGAGGACGAAAUCCCUGACUCUGUUUACGGGGAUGACGGAAUUUUAGCGCUGAAGGCGCCCAAGACAGGGCUUGGUCUCAGCCUCAACACCGAGGAGGUGCUCAAGGCCUGGUACGACCGAGGAUCCGUGUUUGCUGACGGCAAUGUGCCUGAAUCGUCUUCCACUGAUGGGCUGGCUAAGAGUUCCGCCAUGGAACUAUUUCUAGAGAAUGGUGCUGCUGGUGCUAUCAGGGAGGGAGGCAUAAAAAAAAUUCAGCACAGGCAGAAGCAGUGCACUCCCCUCCUCUCAAAUAAGACCCGGUACCAAGCACGGAAGGUGGAUUCCGAGUGUCGCCCUCGAGUCAAGGGGAGGUUUGUCAGCCAGGCUUCUCUUCUGCAGAAUGCGGUGAAGAAAGAGAGCUAGGGGAAGACGGUCUUACACCCAUGGACAUUUUUUGGAUUUCACUCUCCCUCUAACUGAAGCAAAUGAGAGCUUCUGUCUUUUCAGUUCUGCGCUUUUGUGAGCAUGCAGAGGGUAGAGAUGCCUGUAGAGUGGCUUGUUGCCAUGGGGAUGAGAUAGUUGCUGCCAACUUUCCUGGCCGAGAUGUUAGUGUAAAGGAUGCCAUAAGCCAAAACUUAUUAGUUGGGGUAGGGUGUUAAGAUAAUGACGAAAUGCUCCUGU